CCCAGCUGUUCCUGGCUAAAUUUCAAACUGAUGGAUGGAGAUUUUUGAGAUGUACAUUUGAAGUAACGUGAUACUGUUUGGCUGUCACAGCCACGCGGAAAUGCAGUUUAUGUAAGUGCUACUGAAUUAAAUAGAGUCAUUGAAAACCCACUUUCUUAAUCUUUCUUAAAUUGAACUGCAAGCAGACAAUGAUCUCUAGACAUGCUCCUGGACAGAGUGGCCUGAGUCUGAGAGACUGAAGGGAACGUGGAAAAACGAACUGUCACCACUUUGACUAUGAUGGAGUUUUUUCGAAGAUCUGAAGAUGAAGAUAAUUUGACAAAUAUUAAAUUUUUAAUAUGCAUUGCAGUGUCGCUCAUGUUCAUAGUUGGAGAUCAAUCUGUUGAUACAUUCCCUGCUUGGAGACCUCAGUUAGAAAAUACUGUACCUUCGAGUUUGCUGGUGUUCGAUGUUCACUCCACAUUCCAGCCUCAGGCAAGAAAGAAGAGAUACACGUUAACUCCACAAAUGCAGAAAUGGGAUCAUUUCAACUUAACGUACAAAAUUCUGUCCUUUCCAAAGACCCUGAAUGAAAAGGACACAGAAAAGGCAAUUGCACUUGCUUUUCAAAUGUGGAGCGAGGUUUCUCCUUUCAAUUUCACUGAAGUUCCUGCAAAUGUCAGUGCUGACAUUAAAAUUGGAUUUUAUUCCAUAAAUCACACUGACUGCUUGGAAGUUCCUUCACAUCCGUGUUUUGAUGGGAUAACUGGAGAACUAGCACAUGCUUUCUUUCCAACCCAUGGAGAAAUCCAUUUUGAUGAUUUUGAACAUUGGAUAUUGGGUAAAACUCGCUUCAGCUGGAAGAAAAUUGUCUGGCUCACUGAUCUGGUACACAUUGCAGCCCAUGAGAUUGGACACAGCCUUGGAUUAAUGCACUCUCAGAACAUGAAUGCACUUAUGCACAAAAAUGCUACUUUAACAGGAAAAGAUAAAAUCAGUCAGGACGAUAUUUGGGGGAUUUGGAGGCUGUAUGAUCCACCCAUUCCAACCAAUGCACCUACACCUGUACCCCCCAGGACUAAGGUGAGGCGGGUUUCCAAAGGACGGAAGGUUACAGUUCAAUGUGGACGAAAGGUCGCUCAUAAGAAGGGGAUGUUGCAAUGGUAUAAAGAUGACGAGCUAUUAGAGUUUUCAUAUCCUGGUUAUAUCGCCAUGAACCGGAAUAAGCUCACCAUCGUUGCCAAUGCAAUCAAUCAAGGAACCUACACUUGUCUAGUGAAGAAAAAAGACAAAAUUCUUACAAAAUAUUCCUGGCGGUUAAUAGUUAAAGAGUAAAAGACUUUAACCAGUUAAUAUAUUCAUUGUUUAAACAUAUAGUGACUGGGUACAUAGUAUGUAACAAGUUUAUUGCACCCAGUGAUUGUUUCAUUGUGUAAAUUUACACUUAUGGUUUGGAUGUUUGUGUACAGUGAUCUUUAUUAAAUCAGAUGGCUUUAUUUUAUCAAGAGUACCUUGUUUCUCAAGGCCAGUAAUUAACUAGGUUUUUGUGGGUUUGGCCAGAGGUAGAGUGCUACUAUUCCCAAUCAAUGUCUUCCCGAAGACUGAAGGGAGCUUUUCUGAUUGACUAGGAAUUGUGCAAGCUGUAUGUCAGCUGAGAAUGAUGAAUUCAACACUGACAUUUGCCUAUGUAUUUACUGUGCAUAAAAGGCAGUACAAAAUCCAAUCAGUGCUAUUAAACAGCAUCUGCUCAGCUUCUGACCUCAUUACAGCCUUAGUUUAAACAUUGACAAAACAGCUGAACCCCUGAGGUGAGUGUGUCAUCAAGGAGCCCUAACAAAACAACAGGAAUCAUAGAGAAAUCUCCUCUGAUUACAGUCAUACCUGGCACAAAGGAAAAUGGUUAUCAUUGUUGGAGGUCAGUCAUUCAACUCCAGGACAUCUCUGCAGAUACUCCUCAGGAUAGUGUCCACCCAUUUCAGGCAGCUUCAUCAAUGAUAUGCCCUCCAUUGUAAUGUCAGAAGUAGGGACAUUUAGAAUGAACCUGUUCUGAGAUGUUAUCUCACACUUCUAGGUUCAAGACUCCCCUGCUCCAGAUCUCCAGUACACUACCACUGUGGCACAAAGUCCUGUAGAAAUGGGGAUGUUACUGGUGAUCACACAGUAGCAGCAGGUUUAAUCAACAAUAGAUAGUUUUUAUGGUUGUUGAACCAGACUUGUGCUUUUCAAUCGAAGUUCAUUUGAAUCUUUGCAACCAAAUUCUCUGAACCACCUUUUAAAAGUAAACAGCUUCAGGUUGUAUAAUUCUGGUUACAAAGUUCCUUUUUAAAGUCCUUUCAAAAAACAUUUAAUUUGGGGACACUCUUUACGCCCAAAGUGUGUUUUUUUAAUAUAAUCCCUACUACUUCCACAAGGCAGUCUCCUGUGGAGUUGCACUUUGAUUCCAUGUUCACAUGUAAAGCUA